AUGGAAGAGGAGAUUAACAAAGUAACCCUUCAUGGGAUGUGGGCUAGCACCUAUUCUAAGAGGGUGGAGUUAGCCCUUAGUAUCAAAGGAGUACCCUUUGAAUAUGUGGAAGAGGACUUGAUCAACAAGAGUCCCUCGCUACUCCAAUAUAACCCGGUUCACAAAAAGGUUCCCGUGCUAGUUCAUAACGGGAAGUCUAUUUGUGAAUCUAUGGUCAUUGUUGAAUACAUAGACGAGACAUGGAAGAACGAGCCUCGUCUGUUACCUGAUGAUCCUUACAAAAGAGCUCGAGUUCGUUUUUGGGCUGAUUUUUUUCAUCAAAAGGUGCUCCCAUGUUUAUUAAAUCUAGUGAUUAGCGAAGGAGAUCGUCAGAAUAAGUGUGUUGGAGAAUUUCAAAAAAAGUUGAAGAUUCUCGAAGAUAACAUAGAUGAAAUGUUUGUUGACGAUCAAGGGGCUUCAAGAAUCAAAGAAGGGCGUGUGGGGAUGUUGGAUAUCAUAGCGUUAACUGUUUUAGGGGCGUAUAAAGCUCAAGAGGAAGUAAUUGGUUUUAAGAUCAUUGACCAAAACAAGAACCCUAAGGUUUUUUCAUGGGUGAAUGCAUUGUUGGAGCAGCCCAAGUUUAAGGAAUUAGUCCCUCCUCAUGACAAGGUUGUCUCACUUCUUCUUUACUUGAAGCAAAACAACAUCAAAUUGGCACCCAAUUGAUCCUUAAUUUGUUUGUACUUCUUGUAAUGAACAUCAUUUAUCCUUCUAUGUCCAUCAACAUAAUAAAUGUGAUCAAA